CGUUGAUUCAUCAUCAUCAUCAUUAAUUUGAUUGAAAAUUUUUGAUUAACUUUUCGAUUUUCAAUUUUUUUUAUUUUUGACUUUAUAAAAAUGAGACCAACAGAAAAACGUGAACGUUUAUUAGAUAUACCGUGUGCUGUUUGUGGUGAUCGUAGUUCGGGUAAACAUUAUGGUAUUUAUAGCUGUGAUGGUUGUUCCGGAUUUUUUAAACGUUCAAUUCAUCGUAAUCGUGUUUACACGUGUCGUGCACAAGCCGAUCAACAUGGAAAAUGUCCAGUUGAUAAAACACAUCGUAAUCAAUGUCGUGCUUGUCGUUUACGUAAAUGUUUUGAAGCUAAUAUGAAUAAAGAUGCUGUUCAACACGAACGUGGACCUAGAAAACCAAAAUUUUUAAAAGAAACAAUUAAAUGUGGUUCUGAUAACAAUAAUAAUAAUAAUCAUCAUCAUAAUCAAGUCACGACAACAAUACGAUCUUUAUCAACAUCAACAACAACUACAGCUAAGGUUACAACCACAACAACAGCAACAACAAUAGGAUUGGCUAAUGGACAUUCGAUAAUCUGUAAUCAUUUACCUGGAACAAAUAUCGAUAAUGGUAAUUCUGCAGGUACUACAUUAGCACAGUCAACAAAAUCGUUUAUGAAUUUGGAAAAUUUGACGACAAACACUCAUAAUAAUCAUCAUCAUCACUAUGACAAUCAUCAUCAACAGUUAACAUUAUCGACUGAAAUAACUUCUGAUCCUGGAUCGUUUAUAAUACCAACAACAACAACAACAACAACACCAUCAUUGUCAUCGUCAUCAAUAUCGACCAAUAAUAAUAAUUGCCAGCUGCCAAUCGAUUCAACAACAUUAAAUUCAUUAAGAUUAUUUGAUGGAUCAUCGAAAACAUCAUUUGCAAACCUGAUCAAUCCAUUUGCAGGAUAUAAUCAUUUUGAUUUUGAAAAUAAAUUCAAUUCAUUACAAGAAAUUAAUCUUCGAUUAUUAGUAUUAACAAUUCAAUGGAUUAAAAAUAUGCCAUUAUUCAUACGAUUAGAUAAUAAUGAUCAGCGUUCAUUGUUUCAUGAUUCUUGGAAAGAAUUGUACAUCAUAAAUCUGGCUCAUUGGACAAUGACAAUGAAUGCUGUCACCUUGGGCGAUCAUUUUGAACAGACCGUUGAAUUAUAUCUGAAUUCAUUGAUUGAUCAGUCUGAUUUUAUCGAUCCGAUUGAAAUAAAUCACAAUAAAGAUAAUGAUAAUGAUAAUAAUGAUGAUGAUGAUGACGAUGAUGAUGAUAAAUCAAAAACAAUUGUAGAUCAUCAUCAAAAAUCAUCAAAAUCAUCGAUACAUAAUACAAACUCAAAAUUGAAUAUCAAGUUAGAUAUACAAAAUAUUAAACAAAUAAUCGAUCAAUUCAAACAACUACAAUUGGAUGGUACUGAAUGUGGAUGUCUAAAAGCAAUUGCAUUAUUCAAUCCAGAAUGUAAACAUCUGAUUAAUAAACAGGAUCUAUUAAAACUUCAAGAACAAGCACAAUGUUUGUUAAUUAAUUAUACGAAUAGAAAAUUUAAAUUACAACAUCAAAAUGGUUUGACGAUAGAUGGCACAAGCGGACAUAAAGAAUUUGAAAAUCGUUUUGAACGAAUGUUAAUGAUGUUACCAUUGUUAAGAUGUAUUUCAAUUGAAUCAAUUGAAGAUAUAUUUUUUAAUAAUUUAAAAGGACCAUUGUCCAUUCAAGUGCUAAUUGAAUGCAUCUAUAAUCAAUAA